AUGAAGAAAGAACUAGGAGAACUGCCAGCAGUACCCAUCAGCAUCCACCAGCCAGCAGUACCCACCAGCAGUCACCAGCCAGCAGUACCCAUCAGCAGUCAUCAGGCAGCGGUACCCAUCAGCAUCCACCAGCCAGCAGUACCCACCAGCAGUCACCAGCCAGCAGUACCCAUCAGCAGUCAUCAGCCAGCAGCACCCACAUCAGCAUCCACCAGCCAGCACAACCAUCAGCAGUCACCAGCCAGCAGUACCCAUCAGCAGUCAUCAGGCAGCGGUACCCAUCAGCAGCCACCAGCCAGCAGUACCCACCAGCAGUCAUCACCAGCCAGCGGUACCAUCAGCAGUCACCAGCCAGCAGUACCCAUCAGCAGUCACCAGCCAGCAGUACCCAUCAGCAGUCACCAGCCAGCAGUACCCAUCAGCAGUCACCAGGCAGCAAUACCCAUCAGUAGCCACAAGGCAGCAGUACCCAUCAGCAGUCAACAGACAGCAGUACCCAUCAGCAGUCACCAGGCAGCAGUACCCAUCAGCAGUCACCAGCCAGCAGUACCCAUCAGCAGUCACCAGCCAGCAGUACCCAUCAGCAGUCACCAGGCAGCAGUACCCAUCAGCAGUCACCAGACAGCAGUACCCAUCUGCAGCAACCAGCCAGCAGUACCUAUCUUUUGUAGUCACCAUCGAUAG